AUGUCGACCCCGAUUCCACAACCGCCUGCCAUCCCAAUUCUGGGAAAUAUCACAGAUAUAGAUCCAAAUAAUUCAAUCCAAAGCCUUUCUCAUCUGGCCGAGAAAUAUGGACCCAUAUACAAGCUGUCGAUCCUCGGUCGAGAGAGAUACAUUGUCAGCUCCGUUGAAUUGCUCAACGAAAUAUGUGAUGAAAGUCGCUUUUGCAAAACCGUGUCUGGGCCCCUGCAAGAGGUUCGGAACGGUGUUGGAGAUGGACUAUUCACGGCUUACCAUGGUGAACACAAUUGGGAAGUUGCCCAUCGAAUUCUCGUGCCUGCUUUUGGUCCCAUUGGCAUCCAUGAUAUGUAUGAUGAAAUGUACGAUAUCGCAACCCAAUUGAUCGCCAAAUGGGCCAGGAUGGGUCCGGACGAGAAAAUUAACGUGACUGACGACUUUACGCGACUCACUCUCGAUUCUAUCGCCCUCUGUGCUAUGGGAAAGCGCUUCAAUUCAUUCUACUCUGAGAAAAUGCACCCAUUUGUCGAUGCCAUGGUGGGAUUCUUGCUCGAGUCAGGCCGCCGCUCACGCCGAACAAGAAUUGAAAUGCUGUUCAACCGGGCUCCCGAACGACAAUUUCAACAGGACAUUGCAACAAUGAAAGAAGUGGCCCAAGACGUCAUCGCUUACCGUCGAGCCAACCCGGUUGACAAGAAAGAUCUGCUCAAUGCCAUGUUAUUCGGCAAGGACCCCAAGACGGGCGAGAAAUUGACCGACCAGAGCAUCAUGAAUAACAUGAUCACAUUCCUCAUCGCCGGCCACGAGACAACCUCGGGACUCUUGUCGUUUGCUUGCUACCAUCUUAUCAAGAAUCCCGACGCAUUGAGCAAGGCCCAGCAAGAAGUUGACGCUGUUGUUGGCAAAGGGCCCGUGACGUUCCAACACAUGUCGAAACUUCCAUACAUCGAGGCUGUGAUGAGAGAAACACUUCGUCUUAACCCCACGGCGCCGGCAUUCUCAGUGAAACCACUUGAAACCGUUUCUGGACCGGUGGUCAUUGGUGGGAGGUAUUUCGUUCCUCCGGAUGUGUCGUUAAUUGCUUUUCUUCCACGCGUGGGUCGCGAUCCAAUGGUUUUCGGUGCCGAUGCCGACGAGUUCAAGCCGGAGAGAAUGUACGGGGAGAAUUUCGCGAAAUUGCCACCCAAUGCCUGGAAGCCAUUUGGAAACGGGGCACGGGGGUGUAUUGGACGACCAUUCGCAUGGCAAGAGGCCGUUUUGACUCUUUCUCUCAUCCUCCAAAACUUCAACAUCAGGGCGGACGAUCCGUCUUAUCAACUUCAAAUCAAGCAGACAUUGACCAUCAAGCCCGAACACUUUUUCAUGCGCGCAAGCUUACGUGAAGGCAUCGAUCCCCUGAGCUUGGAGAAGAAGAUGCACGCCGGCGUGGAAGUUGAGGACCCUCGUCACAAGCACCGAGCGGCCGUAUCUACCAAAGCCGGUGCGGGCAAACCGAUAUUAAUUCUUUAUGGUUCCAAUUCAGGAACGUGCGAGGGCCUUGCACAGACUCUCGCCGGCAGUGCGAGUGCUCGGGGCUUUGCUGUGACUGUCAAGCCUCUUGACGCGGCGGUGGAAAACCUUCCUCCGAAACAACCGAUUGUGGUCAUAACGGCGAGUUACGAAGGGAACCCUCCUGACAAUGCUGCCGUCUUUGUCGAAUGGCUGAAGACCGUGCACUCUGAAAAGGUCAAGAAUGUUCAAUUCGCAGUUUUUGGCUGUGGUCAUCAUGAUUGGGUGACCACGUUUCAACGAAUCCCGAAGCUGAUCGAUUCCGGGCUGGUGGCAAAAGGAGCAAGCCAAAUUACUACUCGUGGGGAAUCAGACGUGGCCGGAGGCAAAGUCUUUGAUGAUUUUGAUGCCUGGCAAGAUGAGAAACUCUGGCCUGCGCUCUCGUCUGAGACAGACACGGUCGAGAUCUCCGAGGCCUUGGAUAUGGAAAUCAGUACGAGCGCUCGUGCGUCACAUCUUCGCCAUAAUGUCCAGGAAGCCUUGGUUCUCAGAAAUGAGCUCCUGACCAGCCCUGGCGUCCCUGAAAAGCGACGUACUGAAUUCAAAUUGCCGACAAACAUGACGUAUGACGCGGGUGACUACCUUGCUUUGCUCCCGGUCAACAACACUCAAACCAUUUCCAGAGUCCUUCGACGAUUUGGUCUUCCCUGGGAUGCAAUAAUGACUCUCCGGAAGGGAGCCCAUACUACCAUUCCGACCGAGGUCGGAAUCGCCGUCACAGCAGUCCUGGGAGCUUACGUGGAAUUGAGUAGUCCAGCCAGUCGGAAGAACAUGGCGACACUCGCAAAGUAUGCAAAGGACGAGUCACUCGCGGAGAAGCUCAUUUCAAGUGCCGAGCCAUUGUCGAUCCUCGAGAUUCUCGAACAAAACCCAGGCAUCGAAUUACCCUUCGCCGUCUACCUUUCGAUGCUCACACCAAUGCGCAUUCGACAAUAUUCUAUCUCUUCUUCCCCCCUGAGCGAUCCCACCAAAGCCAGCAUCACAUAUUCCGUCGUAGAAUCUGCCGGUCACCUUGGCGUCGCGACCAACUACUUAAAAGCCUUGCAGACGGGCUCCACGGCGCAGCUCAUGAUCAAAAAAUCCCAUCCCUCGUUCCAUCUCCCUCUCGAUCAGAAGACGCCCGUGAUCAUGGUUUGUGCCGGAUCCGGACUCGCCCCCUUUAUUGGUUUCGUCCAGGAGCGGGCUGCUCGCAUUGCCGUGUCUGGUGGCAAAAGUGAGGAUUUUGGCGAAGCAAUCCUCAUCAUUGGUUGCCGCCAUCCGGAUAAGGACCGUCUGUAUGCGGAUGAGAUAGCGCAGUGGGAGGCUUCAAAGGCCAUCAAGGUAUUCUAUGCCUUUAGUUGGGCCCCCGAGAAAUCUGAAGGAUGUAAAUAUGCGCAGGAUAGGAUAUGGAAGGAGCGGGCUACCGUAAGCUGUUUAUUCAACGCCGGAGCAAGGGCAUAUAUUUGCGGAAGCAGUUCCUUAGGUAGAGGAGUGGCGGAUGUGGUUGCAAGAAUCGCAGUUGAAAAGUCACAAAAGAAGGGUGAACAAAUGACUUACGAACAGGGAUUGAAAUGGUGGGAAGGUCUUAGGGGGGAGAGAUAUGCGGUUGAUGUUUUUGAUUGA